CCACUGCGUUCCCAUACCGUUCCCCCUCUAUCUGCAAUCAUCCGGCCUAUACUGCGCCGGAUAUAUCUCCAGGUAUAAAUAGAGGAUGUCCCAGAGGCAAGGCAGGAGGUCUAUGGGCCCAACCUCCCUGCCACAACAAACAUCGCAAGAGAGGCGGGAGCAAGGGUUCGUCGAGCAGCAAAAGUUUGACGAUUUCCGCAGAAGGCAUAGAGAACAAAAUAAAGAUAUCAUCCUUGAUAAUGUGGAGCGCAAAAAGAUUAUCAAGACACUUCAGGAUGAAAUAUCCAUCCUUCAAAAUGAGCUGUUAGAUGUGAGAAGAAGAAAUAUGGCUCUGGAGUCGAGAGUGAAAAAGAUGGAAAGAGAAAACUCGAGACUAGGUGGUGUAGAUGUACUGAAAGCUUUAGAUCAUCUCUUGGCAGCUGCUCCCGCCCUCUAUAACUUACGUCAAUCACUCUCCUCCUUACCGAUUCCGCUACAUUCAACGUCCUACAAACAACCAUCCAACACACGUCCGACCUUGACAUUCGUCGGGAACCCCACUGCCACCCGGCCAGCUGCAAAUGGGAAACAAAGACAAGAUCUUGGAGCGGUAGUGGAAAGUGAAGAAGGAGACUGGGUGGAUGAUAGGCGGGUGACCUCGAGAUCAAGAGGGCGAGGACGACAAACGGAUGUCGGGUCAGUUGCUGCUUCCAGAUCACCAAGACCGAAGACCCCAGUAUCCCCAGCUCGAUCUUCCAUAUCCCCUAGCCCUAAAAAGAUUAUCAGCACACGAAAAGUACCAGCAAAACGAAGACGGGAAAGUGGAUUGUUAUCAACUCGACCGCGGUCCUGUUCGCCCGAGGUAGUUAGUGAACAAGAGCCGGCGAUUCCAGUACAACAAGAGCCACAGGUGAUGGAUGAAGAACCUGUAGGGGGAACCAAAGUGGAUGAAGAACCUCUAGGGGAAACCAGUGAAUGGGAGGAAGGGCCUGUAGUCGAGAUGAAACCCGACGAAGCUUUGGCUCUUGUUCAAGAAGAAGAGCAGGUCGACUUUAGCCGGAAAGAGAAAGAAGCAACUAUAGAACCAGGGGCGGAGAUCGUGAAAGUGAAUGAAACUGAGUCCGAGUCCGAUCCAAGUCGACCAUCGGACCUUACGAUUACAGACAAUGCUGAACCAGAAGGAACUGGGCGAGGUCGUCGGGCACGUGCCAGUGUCGUUAGCUAUAAAGAGCCUAGUCUUGUCAAGAAAAUGCGAAAACCUGAUGGGAUCCAAACUCAAGAUGUCAUUAAAACCUUGACUCGAAAAUCCAUCUCCCCCAGAAGAGUCAAGAGUUCAUUAUCUCCCAAGAGAACGAAGAAAGAUGCUUAUAACACAUCGCCUUCUCCUCCCAUGCCCCUCAUACCAGAGGGGUCUCUCAGCUCCCGAUCUGCAUCUACUAGAACUGCCAAUCUGUCCGCAAGCAGCCAAAGUAUGCGACGAAAAAGCACUCUGCCCAAAGCCAACAGCAGGAGUAGAGGCAAGCAAGAAGAAUUUGGAAAGAUGGCUAGGGCGGAAGAUAAGGGUGGCGAAGAUUUGGAAGAAUACGAGGACGUUCACGAUGAAGGGGAGGAACUAGACCUAAAGUUUGGACGAAGUUUGCAGAUUGGCACCGGCAGUGGGUUCCGAAAGCCAUCAUCGUCCUCAACAUCAUCUCACCAUUCUGCGAUGCGUAGCAACGCCCCGAAAACCCUUCCAACGGCAUCUGUCCCCGCCAUUACAUUAAUUUCAGCGCCCCUUCCUGCAAAUAAAGGUGAAUCUUUAUCGGCGGCUCUGAAUGUCGAUCCCCGUCUGGUCAUAUCGACAGGUUCAGGAAUGACAACUUCGUCCAGGCGUCAAUCCAGCGCAAGGGGUUUCAGGCCCACAAGCACAACGCGACCACGAGAUGUUCUGACCGAGGUGCGACCGUCGAAUAUAGAGACUAAACCAGCGCUGGAACAGGACUUGAAGAAGGAUGCAGGCGAAGUGGCAAGAGGAACGAGGGCCGUUGGAGUCUUGCAGUAAGAAAAUGGGGACGAUAAUGAUGUUAGAUAUGCGAUCACUGUAGUUUAGAGGAAACCA